AUGGCCUCUCUUCUCUACCAGCUGCUCUUCCUCUUGGUGCCGCUCCUCGCGGCGGGCUUGCCAGCAAACCCUGUGAAGAAGGCCGGUCCACAGCCACCGGGAGAAGAUCCCUUCUAUACCCCCCCGGAUGGAUGGGAGUCGACGGAGCCUGGUGCUAUUUUGCGACACAGGACUCCCCCCUAUCCCAUUGCGGCGUUUGGCCUGGCUGAAGUGAACCUUGAUGCCUCGUACCAGAUCCUUUACCGGACGACCGAUUCCUUUGGCGAGCCCAUCGCUACCGUGACGACGAUCCUGAUUCCCCACAAUGCCGACUACACCAAGGUUCUCUCAUACCAGGUCGCCCAGGAUGCGGCGGAUCCCAACUGCUCUCCAUCGUUCGCGAUCCAGCAGUUCUCCGACGCAGGCGAGGCUCUCGCCCUCGUCAUGCCGCAGCUUGAGUACCUCUUCAUGAGCUCAGCCCUGAACAAAGGGUUCGUUGUCAUCGUCCCUGACCACCUCGGGCCCCGCUCUGCGUUUUUGGCGAACACCCUCUCCGGUCAAGCCGUGCUCGACAACGUCCGCGCCGCGCUUGCCUCUACCGACAUCACUGGUAUUUCAUCCCAGGCCACUGUCGCUCUCUGGGGCUACUCUGGGGGUAGCUUAGCAAGCGGGUUCGCAGCUGAGCUGCAGCCCUCGUAUGCGCCUGAGCUGAAGAUCGCCGGCGCCGCACUCGGCGGGACAGUUCCUCAAAUCCCACCUGUCAUCAGAGCCUCGAACAAAGGCAUCUUCACUGGACUCAUCCCAGCCGGUAUCCAGGGCCUUGCAAACGAAUAUCCGGCCGCCCAGCAACUCAUUCGCGAUGCCAUUCUCCCCGACAAAUGGGCCGAAUUCAACAAGACUCAGGAGCUUUGCUUGACUGGUAACCUCAUCGAAUAUCUCGGCAAGGACAUCUACACCUAUGUCAACGACCCCAACGUCUUCGAGUCCCCUCUUGCGAACUCCCUCACUGAGCCCAACGCGAUGGGACACAACACGCCCAAAAUCCCAAUCCUUAUCUACAAAGGCGUUAACGAUCAGAUCAGCCCGGUGAAAGACACCGAUGCCUUGUAUGACACUUACUGCAGCAACGGGGCUAACGUCGAGUAUGUCCGAGAUUUGCUGGCGGAGCACGCACUGAUGACAAUCACGGGAGCGCCCGAUGCAUUCAUGUGGUUGACAGAGCGGCUGAGUGGUGUACCUGUCAAGAAGGGCUGUAGGCGCAAGACACAGCUUACGGGGCUGCAGGAUCCAAAGGCCCUAGCCGCGCUGGGAACCACGGUCGUCAAGUUCUUGCUGAGUCUUCUGACAUUGCCCGUCGGGCCUAUUGGACGGUAA